CUUCUUCUACGGGUGCGGCGAGCGUUCAGAGUAUAAUCAAAAUGGCUGCUGCAAGGUUACUAGCGCGUUCGGCUGUCAGAGCGUCCUCCUUGCCCUCCCGGGUGCUGGGGGGCCCUCACCUCGGUCCCCUUCGAGUCCCAGUCCCGCCGGUGGUACCGCUCAGCCGCGGCAUGGCGGCUGGAGGAAUUCCCACGGACGAGGAGCAAGCCACAGGCCUGGAGAAGAUCAUCAUGAAGGCCAUGAAGGAGGGCACCGACCCAUACAGCAUGAUGAAGCCCAAAGAGUACGCCGGCUCCAAAGCCGACCCUCACCUGGUGCCCUCCAUCACCAAUAAGAGGAUUGUGGGAUGCGUGUGUGAGGAAGACAACACAGCCGUGGUUUGGUUCUGGCUCCACCAGGGCGAAGCUCAGCGUUGUCCUUCGUGUGGCUCUCACUACAAACUGGUGGCACACGAGCUCCCCCACUAGGACGCGCCAUCCUUCGGGCGUCGCUCCGGUAACCCCCGCUAACGCGCCCAUGAGCAACAUCCCUCUAGUUCUUCUGCACUCACGCCCUCUCCUCUUUUCUCAUCCGAACCCUCGGCGGAACUCGCUCGUCAAUGUCGUUCCGACGGUAGAAGCGGCUUUUCCAUCUCGAACUCGUUUGAUGCAUUUCACACUCUAGAUGUCGAGUG